AUUUUCAUCUAACAAGUUCAAGCUCGUAUAAAAGCAGAAAACGAACAAAAUUCCUCACAGUUCGCUGUACUCAACUUUUGCUGCUUAAAAUUUUAACUAUCAACAACAACGACCAAACAUGUCCGGACGUGGUAAAGGCGGAAAAGGUCUUGGAAAGGGAGGCGCUAAGCGUCACCGAAAAGUUUUGCGUGAUAACAUCCAAGGAAUCACAAAGCCGGCAAUCCGUCGAUUGGCACGUCGUGGUGGAGUGAAACGUAUUUCCGGGCUCAUUUACGAGGAGACUCGAGGUGUUCUGAAGGUCUUCCUUGAAAAUGUGAUCCGCGACGCAGUAACUUACUGCGAACACGCCAAACGAAAGACGGUCACAGCCAUGGACGUCGUCUAUGCGUUGAAGCGCCAAGGACGUACUCUUUACGGAUUUGGUGGCUAAAGAACAAUUGGUGGAAGGCAGCUGAACUGCAACAACA